AUCCGUCAAAGCUAAGAAAAGGAGGGGAAAGGAAAAAGGAAGUCAUUUUCACGAAGUUUGCAAAGAAAAUUCCAAACAGAGAUUAGAGAGAGAACCAGUAUUGGAAAAUCAGUCAUACGCGGAAUUUCAAUUCCGUCUGUUUAAAGUUGUAUUAAUAAAAACGAGAUUCUGGUUGUUUGGGAAAAAAGAAUUUCAUUUCCUCUUCGUCGACAAAUUACAAGUUGCAGAAAGUGGGGAGAUUUGUGUUGACGGAUCUGGUGAUAAAAAGGAGGAGAAAUAUAGAUUCUAGAGAGAGAAACAUAUACAUAUAUCUAUUCAUAUACAUAUAUUUAGAGAGAGAGAGAGAGAGAGAGAGUUUGGAAUUUGAAUGGCAUCAGCUGCGAUAUUCUCGUCUCUCCGGCGGAGGAGGUCGCCGUCUCUGGAGGCGUUCCUGGCACCGGUGGAUCUCGACGACGUUUCGCUCGUUGAAACCCUAGCGGCGGUCACGACGGAGUUGAUCUCGUCGUUCUCCGGCAAGGCGUUGCCGUUUCAGCGCAAGAAUUCGCGGUGUCUGAUUCGGAAGAUCGAGGUGUUCGUUGUUCUAUUGGAGUGCCUUCGUGACUCCGGUUCGAUUUUGCCUCCGACGGCCAUUCUCUGCCUGAAGGAGCUUUAUCUGUUGUUGUAUCGCUCGAAGAUACUUCUCGAUUACUGCUCGCACUCAAGUAAGUUAUGGCUUUUACUUCAGAACCAUUCGAUUUCGGGGCAUUUUCAUGAUCUUAAUCAAGAAACGUAUACGCUUUUGGAUGUUUUCCCAAUAAAAGAGCUCAAUUUGAGUGACGAUAUUACAGAACAAAUUGAAUUGUUACAAAAGCAAUCGAGACGGGCCAAAUUGUUCAUUGAUAGAAAUGAUGAGACAUUGAGAAUAAAAUUAUUUUCAUUUCUUAAUGAAUUUGAGAACGGGCGAGUUCCUGAUCCGGUGGAAUUGUAUUCGUUUUUCAUCGAAAGAUUGGGAAUUCGAGGUGCGAAGAGUUGCAGGGUUGAAAUUGAGUUUUUGGAGGAGCAGAUUGUGAAUCAUGGGGGAGAUAUUGAGCCGACUGUUUCGGUGCUUAAUGGGUUUGUGGCACUAACUCGGUAUUGUAGGUUCUUGCUCUUUGGAUUUGAGGAGGAUGAAGUGGAAUUUGGAAUUGGGAAACAUAGGAGGCCGAGAAAAAGGUUGAUAACUCAAGAAAUUGCAGAUACAUUUAUUACUGUUCCGAAGGACUUUUGCUGUCCUAUAUCAUUGGAUUUGAUGUUAGACCCAGUGAUUAUUUCAACAGGGCAGACUUAUGAUCGAGCUUCCAUAUCAAGGUGGAUGGAAGAAGGGCAUUGCACUUGCCCAAAGACAGGGCAGAUGCUUGUUCACAGCCGGCUUGUGCCUAAUCGGGCUUUAAGGAAUUUGAUUGUACAGUGGUGCACUGCUCAUGGAAUAACCCUUGACCCGCCAGAGAGUGGCGAAUCAUCUGCUGAAAGUAUUGUUAUGCCUUCUGUGAGCAAGGCUGCAAUUGGAGCUAAUAAAGCUACAGCAGCACUUCUCAUUCAACAGCUAGCUAAUGGGUCGCCGGGUGCAAAAACUAUUGCUGCCCGAGAGAUCCGUUUGUUAGCAAAAACUGGAAGAGAAAACCGUGCUUACAUUGCAGAAGCUGGAGCAAUUCCUCAUCUGAAAGGGCUGCUUUCAUCUCCAAAUACUGUUGCACAAGAGAAUUCUGUGACUGCAAUGCUUAACCUAUCGAUUUAUGACAAGAACAAAAGCCGAAUUAUGGAUGAAGAAGGGUGUUUAGAAUCUAUUGUGAAAGUGCUUAGAUUUGGGCAUACAACCGAGGCAAGGGAAAAUGCUGCAGCAACAUUGUUUAGCCUCUCUGCGGUACAUGACUAUAAGAAGAGAAUAGCAGACGAGGAUGGAGCAGUUGAAGCCCUGGCAGGAUUGCUGAGAGAGGGGACACCGAGAGGUAAAAAGGAUGCAGUUACAGCCCUAUUUAACCUAUCCACCCACGCAGAUAAUUGUGUUAGAAUGAUAGAUUCAGGUGCUGUAACAGCAUUGGUGGGAGCUUUGGGAGUUGAGGGUGUUGCAGAGGAAGCAGCAGGCGCACUGGCCUUGAUUGUUAGGCAGCCGACUGGGGCAGAAGCAGUGGGGAAUGAGGAAAUGGCAGUGGCAGGAUUGAUAGGAAUGAUGCGUUGUGGGACUCCAAGAGGGAAAGAAAAUGCAGUUGCAGCAUUGCUUGAGUUUUGUCGGACUGGUGGGGCGCCUGCAACUGAGAGGGUGGUGAAGGCACCAGCAUUGGCCGGUCUGCUUCAGACUUUGCUCUUCACAGGAACAAAGAGGGCAAGGAGAAAGGCAGCAUCACUCGCAAGAGUGUUCCAAAGGUGUGAGAAUUCUUACAUGCAUUUUGGUGUGGGGUAUGCCUUUGCAGGCAACUCUGCUACAAAUAGGGAUACAAGCUUUGCUGGUGAUGUUUCCGUGCCAAUGUCCAUUUCAGUGCCUGUUUUAUAGCGGCAAUAUCCAGUUGUUUUAUUGCCCUGUAUCCAUAAUGUUUCAUUUUUGUUGGUUACAGUCACAAAUUCUUUUAUUGAAAAAUAUAGAUGAGCAAAAAUUAAUAGGAACACCAAAAUUGCUGUGUUUGGAAACAAUGAUGAGAGCUUUGAGCUGCUAAUCUUUAUAUGUGAUGUCCAAUUAUCUUAUAAUUAGCAUAUGAAAUAGUUAUAUGCAAAAAAACUGGUUCUUUAGGAAACUAUUUUCCCAAUUGUUUGAUACUUGAAUACUAUUGAAAUUGAUGCAGGGAUUUAUUUAUUUUUUUUCUCUUUCGGUUCUUCAUGUAUAAAUAAAGUGACAUACUAAGUGAUCCUUGAGAAAACGAGCUGAAAUUUGUCUUCUGAUUUAUGUUUUGAUCUCCUGUAAUUUGACACACUUGAGGCAAGUAAAGGGACUCUUUUCUCUAUUUACACCUGUUA